UGUCUCUCCCCACAACUUCCCCCGAUUCUCCACGGCUUGUUUCGUUUCCCCGACUUUCCGGGUUCGCGGGGGCUCGGGAUGACAGUCAAUGGCUUCAUUGAUUCGGGUGGAUGCUAAGGCUUGAUCAUUUGAUUUGUUCCGAUUUGUUCAACUAGAGCCCGGGACUAACCUGCUGUUUGAUCCUACGGUAAAGAGUCGGGAUAUUACGUCGGCUGUGAUGACGGGCAUAAGUAGUGGCCUGCAGUCACACCACCCUGGUUAGUUCUGGAAAUUUGGACUUUGGAUGCACGAUUCCGACUCACUCCAUCUCAUUUUUUUAUAUUACCCUCUCCAGCAUCUCAAAAUGGGUGCUGCAACCAAGGAAGGUGUUGAAAAUGCUGGAGACAGCCAUGUCGCUGCUUCUACCCCCUCAGGCCCAGCAUGGUAUCGUCAGAAGCACCUUCUUCGUCUCAACUUCAUCAUCAUCUCGCUGGUAAUGUUCUCAUCGGCAAACGGCUUCGACGGCACUCUCAUGAACGGUCUCCAAGCCUUGGAACAAUGGAAUGAAUUCAUGGAUACUCCAACUGGUCCAUGGCUGGGAUGGCUGAACGGUAUCUACUGGCUAGGAUCGGGAAUUGGAUACCCGACGGCGGCGUGGAUUGCGAACCGUUGGGGUCGAAAGCCUGGUGUUUAUCUCGGAUAUCUGUUCCUGGCCCUCGGCUGCGCUCUCCAAACUGCCGCAAACAACGAUAUAGCUUUCAUGAUGGCUCGACUGUUUGUCGGUGUUGCCUCGGCCAUGUUCGGAAACGCCGUUCCUCUUCUCAUUAACGAAAUUGCCUACCCGGACCAUCGCAGUAUCGUUAACUCGCUCUUCAUGUCAGGCUGGUAUGUUGGUGGAACGGUUGCAGGGUGGGUUAUCUUCGCUUCGCGAACCUACGCUUCAUCGUGGUCAUGGCGUUUGCCGUCUCUUCUGCAGGUUCUCGUGCCACUGGUCGCCCUCCCUGGAUUCCUGCUCGCCCCCGAGAGCCCUCGAUGGUUGAUAUCUGUUGGACGAGAGGAGGAAGCCAAAGCCAUACUGGUCGAGCACCACGCUGCGGGCGAUCGGUCGUCGGCGUUAGUCGCGACUGAGUUCUUAGAGAUCACGGCGGCAAUCCGGAGUGAACAGGAGGCCCAUAGCAGCUCUAGCUACAUGGAGAUGGUUAAGACACCCGGAAACCGCCGACGAUUGAUGAUUUCUAUCACACUCGGCAUCUUCUCUCAAUGGGCUGGUAACGGUGUUGUUUCCUACUACCUCGCCUUGAUCCUUGAUACCGUGGGCGUCACCAGCGUCCGGGACCAAACCCUCAUAUCUGCGUGUAUGCAAAUGUGGAAUCUGAUAUUUGCCACUACGGGUGCUUUCUUGAGUGACCGACUAGGUCGACGCGCUCUGUUCAUGGCCUCCGCGGGUACCAUGUUCGUCAGCUUCGUGCUGGCCACGGCACUGUCGGGCUCUUUCGCUGAAACCGGUCACAAGGGCACUGGUGCCGCUGUCAUACCGUUCCUUUUCACCUUCUUUGCCGGAUACUGUAUCGCUUUAACACCCUUCCUCACCGGAUACCCUUGCGAAAUCUGGCCGUUCCGCCUGCGCUCUCGAGGGCUCACAGUGACAUGGGUAGCCGCCAUCUGCGCCAUCUUCUUUAAUACCUUCGUGAACCCCAUUGCUCUUGAGAAGAUUGCUUGGAAAUAUUACAUUGUGUUCAUCGUGGUCUUGAUGGUGUUUGGUUUGACAGCCUAUCUCUACUACCCGGAGACGAGAGGAUACAGUCUGGAGCAGAUGGCGGUCAUCUUUGAUGGACCUGACUAUGAGGGAAGCAAGGUCGUCGAUACCGUGGACGUGGAUGAGAAGAAGAGGGCGUCGUCGAGUAUACAUCAGGAGGUUGUUUAAUGAUGUUUGCUCGCUAGGAUGUUUUACAGGGUUGGCUGAUGUCUUCAAUGGUUUGAAUUUACGUUUACGAAUUUUUGGG